CUGAAAUUUGUGAGAUGAAUCUUUUGAGCCUAGUUACUCUGUGAUUGGACAAUAUUUGUCAAAUAAAAACGAAAGUGCUACAGUAGUCAAAAACCCAAAAUUUUGCGAACUAAACCAGGCCUCAGCAUCACGUUGGUGGAGAUCAAUUCAGCAUCACGUUGACUACUGGACACCAGAUUUUGCAAAGAUUCUUCUAUUUAGCAAUACUUCGUGAGAAACAGGCCAAGGCAACAGGAGGGGCUAAGCACAUACUUCAUUGAGGGUUGACAAGGAGAAGUAUCCCCUAAAAUGGUGGACACAAGCAGUUUGAGGUUCUUCUACUCAACUUCAUUUGCUUUACUACUUCCCUCCCUGACCUGCCUUGUAUUUCCUUGCUGCAAAUUAACAUGUGCAUUAGACACCCUCCUUCCUGGUCAAUUCCUGAACGAGAAUCAGAGCCUCAUCUCAAAAAAUGGUGCCUUCAAGUUGGGUUACGACUGCUAUAUUCCUCAAGGUUAUUGUGGUUUGGGUAUCUGGUUUGCUAAACCAUCAUCUUGUAAUCGUGAGUAUUUUCCUCUUUGGCAACCUGAUGCAUACUCUUAUGAUCGAGCAUCAUUUAUCCUCUCAGUCUCAGAUAAUGGUGUGCUAAAUUAUACCAUAUAUGGAGGUGAUAUUUGGUCCACGCCCGUCACCAGGACCACUUCUAUCUCUGCUGCUGCAGUGCUUCUUGGCAAUGGAAAUCUUGUAAUAAGAGAUCGAGUAAACAGUUCCAUGGUUAUUUGGCAGAGUUUUGAUAACCCGACUAAUGUACUGCUCCCUGGACAACAUCUGGGAUUCAAUAAAAUCAAUGGCAAGAAAAUCACCCUUUGUAGUUCUUUAGACCCCUAUGGCAUGGGGUUGACGUUUACUUUGUCACUAGAUGCAACUAGAAGGCGAAGUUUUAUUAUCCGGCAGCAUCCUAAUGGUCAGAUGUUUGCUGGUACCUUCCCAGGAUGGAUGGGCAUUCAUGAAGAUGGAGACCAUAUGCUAACAUUCAAUGACGUAUAUGCAUACAUACGUUUAAAUGAAUCUGGUUUUGUUACAUUCGCUAAACAAAGGGAAUGUGAUUCUAUUUUGUGGUCUGCCCCAGAAAGUUUAUGUGAAUUUCAUUCAUAUUGUGGACCUUACAGCCUUUGCACAUUGUCAGGCUCUUGUAUAUGCCCUGUUGGUUUCAACUCACUAUCGAGCAAUGCUGCAUGGAUUUCGACUGGUUGUUUGAGAGAUUAUCCUCUGAAUUGUGAAAAUGGGGAAGUGACAUGUUAUCCAAUAGAUGGCAUCCAUAGAUAUCCCCAGAAAGCUUUCACGUUGGAAGUUACAAACAUGAGUGAGUGUGAAUCCGCUUGCUUAAGAGACUGUACCUGUACUGCCUUUGCUUACAAUGCAAGUUGCUUACUAUGGUUUCGGGAGCUGCGGAGUACAAUAGUACUUGAUUCUGAUCUAAAUGGCAACCGUUUGUACAUAUGUAGAUCAACCAAACAACAGUCAGGUUCUAGAAUUGUUCCUUGGAAUGGUUCUUCGAAAGAAAGAAUUGUUCCUUGGAAAAGAUUGGUUCUUGAAUCGAUGAUCGGAGUGAUAGCCGUCAUUGUUAUGAGUCUGAUUCUUUUGUUGAGAUGCAGACAAAAGCUUUUGAAGGCUAGAACAGUGGGUGGCAGUGGAAGUCUUAUGGUAUUCUCUUUUGUACAAAUAAAGAACUCAAGCAAACAAUUCUCUGAAAAACUUGGAGAAGGAGGUUUCGGCUGCGUUUUCAAAGGGAUGUUGCCAAGCUGCACUAUGGUGGCUAUCAAGAAGCUAAAAGGCCUCAGACAGGAAGACAAGCAAUUUCGAGCAGAGGUGCAGACCAUAGGUAUGAUUCAGCACAUCAAUAUUGUCCAUCUGCUUGGGUUUUGCGCUGAAGGUAGUGGAAGGUUCCUAGUGUAUGAAUAUAUGGCGAAUGGUUCUUUGAGCAACCAUCUAUUUUCCGAGAAUUCCUUUAAGUUAAGCUGGGAGCUGCGGUACUCGAUAGCACUUGGAAUUGCACGAGGUUUGGCUUAUCUGCAUGAGGGAUGCAAGGAUUGUAUUGUACACUGCGAUAUAAAGCCAGAUAAUGUGCUUCUUGAUGCAGAGUUCUGUCCUAAGAUUGCAGAUUUUGGCAUGGCAAAGCUUCUUGGUCGAGAUUACAGUAGGGUACUGACAACAAUGCGAGGGACUAUCGGAUAUCUUGCACCGGAGUGGAUCACAGGGGUACCAAUAACACAUAAGGCUGAUGUCUAUAGCUAUGGAAUGGUUCUCCUAGAAAUCAUAUCAGGGCGAAGGAAUUCUGAGAAAAUUAAGGAGGGGAGGUUUACUUACUUUCCGAUCUAUGCCGCAGUUAAGGUGAAUGAAGGAGGUAUCAUGUGCCUGCUGGAUAGUGGUUUGAAGGGCAAUGCUGAUGCCGAGAAGCUAGAGAGAGCCUGUAGAGUUGCAAGCUGGUGUAUUCAGGAUGCUGAAGAUCACAGGCCGAUGAUGGGGCAGGUUGUUCGCAUGCUGGAAGGUGUCAUGGAUGUUCAAGUCCCUCCUGUUCCCAGGUCACUCCAAAACUAUGUCGGCAUGGAGGAUUCUACCUCUGCAGAUUUUUACAUUUCUGAAGUCUCGUGUUAGUCCAAUCUGAGCCUUUUGUCCUUUGCACUGCUUCAGAACUGAAUCUGAAUGAAACACACGCACACACAGUUGUUGUGUACUGCAGUUUUACUUAUUUGUGGACUCUUAAGAAUGUAGUAUUAAGUAUUGCAAAUGUAUCUUUUUUUCGAAAGAUCCGUUGCCGGCUUUCAUUUAUAAGAAGGAGCAUCAAUUACAGUAUUUACAUGGCGCCAGAGGCACCUUUUUGCA